CCCCAUUGAUGUAAAACCGUUGCCAGCCUACUCCCGGCUCGACAGUAUCAGUCGAAGCGGUCUGUCGCCUCCCGCCUGGGGCUAAGAUGCGGAAAAGAAUUCAGUGAAUUAAAAAGAAGCAAAAAAAAAAAAGGGAAAAACAAAAUCCAAGUCAAAGCUCCCCAUCACGCGUGCAUCCCCGGAAGACGAGGACGUUCGAAACCCACGGUUCCAAAAAAAAAAAAAAGAGUCUCCAUCGGGGCCUCUAAUUGGCGAGAAGCGGCAACGGGGCUUUUUCAACCCUCGAAUCUCUUCCUCUUUGCCUCUGCAUCGUUGGAGGACGAAAAAAAUCACCCAUAUUUGCUCGACGUAGACAGCUUUCAGCUCGCUUCAUACAACACGAACGAGAAGGCAGACGAUCCACUGUUACCGCUGCCCAACCCGUGAGGCUUCAACGCCUCCCAGAACAUACCAUCGGCCUCCAUUGGAUUUAGAGGAUACCCCGGAAAAUCGAGCCUGUAGGAUUUCAGAAUCGGGUGCUGAGCGCUUAGGCAGCAUCCAACCGGGCUUGUACGUACACCUCGUCAGUGGAGCUCGACGUGACUUCUUAGCCUUUCCCCGGUUCGGUACUCCAGACCCGCAGCUACCAACUGACAGCCAAAUAUCGCUUUUAUCACACUUCUGAACUUUAAGCCGCUGCACGUUUUAACCGCCGAGUCACACCUUCCUGCAUUCUAGAAUCGACGGCUCUACCCAUGGCGAAGGACAAAGAGCGCACCGUCAACCCGGCCCAAGCCCAGCGCCGAUUGGAGAAACAACGUGCGUUGAAAAAAGGAAAGGCUGAGCUUCAGGCCCGUCGUAAUGAGAAACUCGCUCGUCGGAAUCCGGAGCGGCUCCAGCGGCAAAUUGACGAGCUGAAGGCGAUCGAGGAGUCGGGGCAGCCACUGAGGCCACGGGACAAGCAGAUACUUGAGGGCCUAGAAAGAGACCUUAAGGCGGUUAAGAAGGCAAGAGAGGCCCUCGGAGACCGCGCACCCAAAUUCGGGGGUGGCGAGUCGAGGCACCGCGACAGGGAUUCCGAUCGAGGAGUGUUGGGGAAAAGAAGAAGAGAUGGAUGGGAUCAGCGGAGACGACAUGAUGACAGUAGCGAUACUGACGAGAGCGUUCGAAAUAUACCCAUGCCGAGGGACACUCCACCCCCGAUCCCACGCCAAUACCUACGACGAGGACCUGCCCGUGAUAACGAGGGCGAAGAAAAGCGCCAGACACACGGUCUACCAGAGAAACCUCCAGUGGAAGCUAGAACAGUCUACGAAUCUGCACCGGUCAUCAGAAAUCUACAACAGGAGGCCGUGAGCAAGUUUGUUCCUGCGGCUGUAAGGGUGAAGCAAGCGGCUGUCAAAGGCCAGGGACGGUUGGUAGAACCGGAAGAAUUGGACCGUUUAGAAAAAGAAGGAUAUACUUCUACUACUCAGGCUUCUGGCCCUGCGGCUAAUGCUGAACGGACAGAUUCAGAGACAAAGCCUACCUCGGCGAAUCUUGAUGCAGCUACAUUGGCAGAAGAGGAGGAACGCUUUCGGCGAGAGCUCAAACACGUUCAGAUUGAGGAAGUGGAGGAUGAGGAAAUAUGAUACAAGCUACAGUCCUUGCCGCAAGCAGGCAGAACACCACUGCCGUAUCAGCCAGACCGGUCUUCCCAACACAUGCUGCUUCGUUAUAUCUAUGGCCGUCGCGGAUUAAUCGCAGCCACUCCUCUAUAUAUCUUCUAUCACUCAACUACGCGCUGAGUAGUCCCCACAAGGCGAUGCCCGCCCAAGUACCAUGCAAGCCAACAAUACCCCAAAAGUUUGCGAGUUGACAGGGCAAAACACGAUCCUACCACUCGUCCUACGUGCGUGUGUCGGAUAUGAUAAUCUCGGAGGAGCCAACUGCACAACGCAAACGGGAAAGACGUAUUUGCUGCACAACGCAGAAAGAAGCGCAGGGCGGCGCUGCUACGAAUUUCCUCUUGCUCCGGAAACAGGAGGCGGGAACCCGUGUAGAAAAUGAACAGGUCCGCAGUGAGGAUGACGCAGGCAGAAUCGUAGAGGAGGCGGAUCAGCUUUGGCUGGACAGGUGAAGCAGAGGAAGAGGCCUUUUCAAAGGAGUAAAUUAGCAUUUGUCCACGCAUUAUUGUCAA